AAAAUAACAGUAUAUCAUAAUUAAAAUUUAAACGCUAAAACUUAAUAGUAAUAUGCCGAAUAAUAACAAAAUGUUUCACAUAUGACCACAAAACAAUGUCUAUACAUAAUUUAGUGCCGUGUUAUUUUUGUAUAUAUGAUCUACCACAAAAAAAAGUUGUUCAUUUUGCAAAAGUCAACUCAUUCUUUUAUAUGAAAAGUCCACUCUUUGAAAGUUUUUAUAUUGUUAAGAUGAUAAAAAUAUACUCAUAAAUGGGGCCAAGUUAUGGUUAUAAAAGCUAGCGUUGGCCUUUAUAAUCACAUCAUCUCAAAUUAAUUGACAAACUAACAAUGGAGUCUCUGUUAUCACAAACACUAAACCAAGUAAUAGAUCCCACACCGUCAGUUCUUCUUAUCACCAUCUCUCUUCUAGUUGUAGUCUACCUCAUCUCACAAUGGUUUAAACCGCUCUACCCUCCCGGUCCCAAAGGCCUACCCGUAAUUGGAAAUAUGCUAAUGAUGGACCAACUCACACACCAUGGUCUAGCCAAGCUAGCCCAUAAAUACGGUGGUUUGUUCCAUUUACGAAUGGGAUUUCAUCACGUGUUUGCCAUCACAUCACCUGACGUCGCCCGACAAGUCCUCCAAGUCCAAGACAUCAGCUUCUCGAACCGGCCCGUGACUGUAGCCAUAAACUACUUAACCUACGAUCUAGCCGACAUGGCCUUCGCUCCUUACGGACCCUUUUGGAGACAAAUGAGGAAAGUGUGCGUCAUGAAGGUGUUCAGCCGGAAACGGACCGAGUCAUGGGCCUCGGUCCGUGAAGAAGUAAACAAUAUGGUCCGGUCUUUGUCUAGCAACGUCGGUAAGCCCGUUAACGUUGGAGAGCUCAUUUUCACAUUGACACGGAACAUAACGUACCGAGCGGCGUUUGGUGCGGCCUGCGAGACAGAACAAGACGAGUUCAUAAGGAUCUUGCAAGAGUUCUCAAAGUUAUUUGGAGCAUUCAACAUCGCGGAUUUUAUACCGUUCCUAGGGUGGUUUGAUUUUCAAGGGAUAAACAAGAGGCUUGUUAAGGCUCGUAACGAUCUUGACGGGUUCAUCGAUGAAGUUAUUGAUGAGCAUAUGAGGAAGAGGGAGACUGUAAACGUUGAUGAAGAUACAGAUAUGGUGGAUGAUCUACUUGCGUUUUAUAGCGAGGAUUCAUCAACUAAUCGUAAUAAGAACACCGUAAAACUCACACGUGAUAAUAUCAAAGCCCUCGUCAUGGAUGUUAUGUUUGGAGGAACGGAGACAAUGGCGUCAGGGAUCGAAUGGGCUUUGACAGAGCUUCUACGUAACCCAGCUGAACUCAAACGGCUCCAACAAGAACUCACCGAGGUCGUGGGUCUUGACCGGCGCGUGGAUGAUAACCACCUCGAGCAACUAACGUUCCUAAAAUGCACACUCAAAGAAACCAUGAGACUCCACCCACCGAUCCCACUCAUCCUCCACGAGGCUAUUGAGGACACAAAGCUCCAAGGCUUCUCUGUUCCCAAAGGCUCACGCUUGAUGAUCAACGCCUUCGCUAUCGCACGUGACCCCAAGUUGUGGGUUGACCCGGAAGCGUUUCGACCUUCUAGGUUUAUGGAACCGGGUAUGCCUGAUUUCAUGGGGACUAACUUUGAGUUUAUACCCUUCGGGGCAGGUCGGAGAUCGUGUCCUGGAAUGCAACUUGGGCUUUAUGCGAUGGAGGUGGCUGUGGCUAACAUCAUUCACUGUUUCACGUGGAAGUUGCCUGACGGGAUGAAACCUAGUGAGCUCGACAUGAGCGACGUCAUGGGUCUUACCGCUCCCAGAGCCACGCGAUUGAUCGCAGUGCCUGACACGCGCCUCAUCUGUCCGGUGUGUCCUUGACCAUGGAGAGAGUUUCACUGUUCUGUUCAGGAUUAACGGUUCAAAAGUUUUGUCUUCUCUCUCAAGAUCUUGCUAUCUUUUCAAAAAAAAAAAUUAAAUUAUGUUUUUCCACAUUGGGCAUGCUUUGUUUUUCGUCACAGGGGCUUUUUCUUCCUCAAAUGUAACUGUAAAUAAAUAAUAAAUAAAAUAAAUUUGACAAUGAAAGGAUUUUAAGUACCUUGCAUAGAAAGCAACCCCGAGUUGCUGAAUUUGAAGCUUUAGGCCUCUACACCAUUUGGCUCAAUUUCCGAUCCUUUUUGUUUCGGUCCAAUGUUGAGAAGCUUCUUCUCUGGUUGAGUCUUUGGCUAUAUAGACUACCUUUGUUCUUCACAAUUGGAGCCAUGAUGCUUGGCUUGGAUAGCUUUUGCAUCGUUAACUUUAAGAUUCUCAACAUGGUUUACAAUGGUGUAAACACGGUAAUUCCAAUUCCUAAAAGCUUCUAUAAACCGAAAGUGCGUAGCGGAUAUCAACGAGAGUUUAUUACCCUACAAAGUGUAGACAUAUUUCUGACCAUUUAUGUUUCUCAUACAUCCUCUAGAAUCUAAAUAUGCAACUCAAAGAACAUCAGCAUUAACGUACUUCUAAUAAAUCACACAUAAUGCACUCUUAUAGCUAAUGAAUCGAGUAAACCUAUCAUGAAACAUUAUAAGUUUAAACUUGAAUUUCUCAGACCUAAAUCAAAGCAAACUAUCACAUAGAUCUUGGAUCCCUUUCGGUAAGUGAUACAAACCCCCAUUAGUUAAUGAUCUUGCUUGAUAUACAACUUUGGGGAUGAAAUAAUUCUCUUUUGCCUUUAGAAUAAACGUGCCUUACAGGCCAAGAGUUUCAGAGUAUUCAAAGUUCUGAGAUGGAAGAAGACUGACUGUGAACGUAUUGUAUAUGCAGUAUUUUAGCUUAAUCAUAUACUAUAAAACAACUUCAUCACCUCUACCAUUGUUUUAAUUAAUGCUAUCCAAACCCAUAUACCAAAGACUUGAAAAGAACACCGUACAUAGUGCUUGUAGUCGGAGCUUUAUGAUUUAUCGAUGACAUGUUAAACCUUUUUUUUUUUUUGUAAAAGAAAACGAAACAUGUUAAAACUUUUUCGUCGCUUUCGUACAUAUUAUGGUCCACUCUCUGAUCAUAUAUCAUGAUUAAUCAUCGUCUCUUUCUCUUCACGACUUCAUUUUCAUUUGUUCAUUUUACUAAUGAUUUCACACCACAAUUUGGUGAAAUAUGUCAACCGUGUCCGUGUGCGUGUAUUCGAUUUGAUUAUUAUUAACAAUCUCAUGCUGAAACCUAGAUUAAAUUCUAAUGUUUGACUUCUAAUGUUUGAAAUGUUAAAAAUAUGAAAGUUUUUUCCAUUUGAGAAGCUUGUGUCUCACGGCUAUUACAUGUAAAAUAAUUAUUUGCUGGACAACGCAUUAUGUUAGUGGAGGACAAUAAAAAAGGAAAGAGUAAAACACAAGAUUAAUUGUUGUUUGAUUCUAAAAUACAUAUAUAAGGUCCACAUAUAACAUGUAGCAUCUUAUUUCUAGGUAGGCUAUAGGUAUAAUAUAUGUUUCAAAAAGUUCGUUUUUCUUUCUUAUAACCGUCUGUAACUAACCUUACUGAGUACUAGAAUAACCGUUCUAUGAAAAGAAAAAACGAACCUUACUGAAAAUAUAAAUUAAUAUACUUUUAACUAUAAAACCAAGUGAUAGCUGGUGCUUGUACUGGACGAGCCAAACUAUAUUAUUUUUGAAUAUAGCGGAAAUUCUAAUUUUACCACAAAUCUAAUAGCACAUAUUUACUUGUAGCGGUGGUGCAUAAGAAGAAUCGAUGAGUCAUUACACUAUUUUGUAUCAUUAAAGGAUUUCCAAUUGUUAACAUCAUUUUUUCCUCAAAAUAAAGUAAACUCAAAAUAUGAGUUUAUAUUAUACUCCAUUGGUUUCCUUUAUUUUUCCAUUUAAAAAUAUUGUAAGUAUAUUCCAUAAUACUUAUGAUUAAUUCUAACAAUGAUUGUUAUUUAAUAAUAUUACAAAUUUAUCCUAAAAGAAUAUAUUUUAACUAUAUCUUUUUCAUAUACAUAAUUUAAUUUAUAAAAGAAAUAAAAUUAUUUAUAAGAACUCAGAAUUGUAUUAUGAAAAUAUUAACAAUUUUGUUAAAGCAUAAAACACAAAUAUUAAAUCUUUUUAGAUACAAAAAGUAUAUAAAAUUGAAAGUUCAAUUUAUAAAUGAA